AUGAAUCUAGGGAAUUUCAAGGAUCUGAGGAAAUUCAAGAAUCUAGGGUAUUCCAAGGAUCUAAGGAAAUUCAAGAAUCUAGGGUAUUCCAAGGAUAUAAGGAAAUUCAAGUCUCAAGGGGAAAUUCAAGAAUCUACGGAAAUUCAAGAAUGUAAGGAAUUUGAAGGAUCUAGGGAAAUCCAAGGAACUAGGGAAAUCCAAGGAUCUAGGGAAAUUGAAGGAUCUAGGGAAAUUGAAGGAUAUAGGGAAAUUGAAGAAUCUAGGGAAAUUGAAGGAUCUAGGGAAUUCCAAGGAUUAAGGGAAAUUCAAGAAUGUAGGGAAUUUGAAAGAUCUAGGGAAAUUCAAGAAUCUAUGGAAAUUGAAGGAUAUAGGGAAAUUCUAGGAUCUAGGGAAAUACUAGAAUCUAGGGAAAUUCAAGAAUCUACGGAAAUUCAAGAAUGUAGGGAAUUUGAAGGAUCUAGGGAAAUUCAAGAAUCUAUGGAAAUUGAAGGAUAUAGGGAAAUUUUAGGAUCUAGGGAAAUACUAGAAUCUUAG